UGCGAAAAAAGGAAAGAAAAAAGAAGGAAAAAACAGAGAGAUUUGCGGAGUAAAAUAAAAGAGGAGAAGGCAGAGACAGAGAGGUGUGUGUGUGUGUGUGUUCGUCUCUUCAAACUUACGGCGGCGGAAACAGCGUUUCACGGCGGUUUUAGUUUCUUCCAUUCUUCUUCUUCUUUAUAGUUAAACAAAAAAAAAAAAAUUCCCUUUCGCUGUAAUUGCAAACUGGCGAAGUGACCCACUUGUGCUUCUCUUGUCUUCAAAGGUUCUCUUUUUAUUCCUCUUUUCCCCGAAAUUAAACAAUGGGUUUUUGGUGGUUGGAGAAGAGUAAAAACUCUGUAAAUGUCAAUUCGAAAAGUCAUCUCUUGAACUGAAAAUAAUAAAAAUCGUUGGUAAAUAGUUUGAUUGUUGUUGUUGUUGUUGUGGUUUCUGAGUGAAUAAAUUCCAGUCUUAAGAGAGAGAGAGAGUUGUUGUCUGCGCGAUGUCACUUUCUGUCGGCAUUGUCUGCGUUCCGACACAAAACUUAAUUUCUUCUUCUUCUUCUUCUUCUUCUUCUUCUUCCCUUUACCUUCGAGUUCUAGAAACUGCGGCGGAGAUUUGAUUUUUCCAAAGCUCCUCCUUUUCUUCUUCAAUUCUCCUUCCCAUUUUCACACCAAUCUUCUGGUUUUUUGUUGGUGUUUUCAUUUUUCUCUGUGUCUGAUUAAAAAUAGAAACAAAGAAAAAACAGUUCGAUUCUUGAUUCUGCCGAUUAAGGAAAUUUGCUCACGCUCUCAUUCAAUGUUGUUGGAGAACAAAACGUGGGGAAUCACGCCGUCGAUUCUUGAUGUUGUGAUAUUUAUCCGCCGAUGAAGUUGAGUUUUCCUGGAGAUCUAUCAAGAGUUAUCGCAUGGUAGUAGCUUGGAGCAUCGCAGAGAUAGAGAGAAAGAGAGAGGCUACUUUGUUUCCAAAUGUCAGCAAUUCUUGCAGCAGCCAUUGGAGGUGCUGUAGGAGCUCUUGCAUUCAUUGCUCUGUUGGUUUUUUUACUAUGGUUUUGCAUCUUUCGUCGCAAGAAUGUGUCAAGAACUUCUGAGACAGGCUCCUCUGAUCCAUCAACUCAAGAAGGAAGAAAUGUUGCAAUUGAGCUGUCUAUGAGAGAAGCUAGAAGGUUUGAAAUGGAGGAACUUGCUCAAGCCACCAAGAGUUUCACCAAUAAAAGCCUUAUAGGCAUAGGCAAAUUCGGCGAGGUUUACAAAGGUUUGCUUCAAGACGGUGUUCUUGUGGCCAUCAAGAAAAGGCCCGGUUUGCCUACGCAAGAAUUCGUUAACGAGGUUCGUUAUCUAUCUUCUAUCCAUCACCGAAAUCUUGUUACUCUUUUGGGUUAUUGCCAAGAAAGCAACACGCAGUUUCUUGUCUACGAGUAUGUUCCUAAUGGAAGUGUUUCCAGUCACCUGUACGGUGCUGGUGGUAAAGUACCUGGAAAUAGGCUAGAAUUCAGAAAUAGGCUUGCGAUAUCUAUAGGAGCAGCUAAAGGCUUGGCACAUCUUCACUCGCUGAGUCCUCGAUUGAUACACAAGGACUUCAAAACCGCUAAUGUUCUUGUGGACGAAAAUUUCAUUGCUAAAGUUGCUGAUGCAGGAGUCCGUAAUUUCUUAGGAAGAGAUGAUGUUGGUACAUCAUCUCACGUUGUUGCAGACCAGAAUUUCCUCUCCCCAGAGGUUCAAGAGUUCAGAAGAUUUUCAGAGAAAAGUGAUGUCUAUGCUUUUGGGGUAUUCCUUUUGGAAUUAGUAAGUGGAAGAGAAGCAUCAGAGCCAUCCCCUUCAAGCUCAACACAAACUCUAGUUGAAUGGAUGCAAAACAUAACAGAUUACACGGAUAUACCCGAGAUGAUCGAUGAGAGACUAGGCGGUACAUACACAGCAGAAGGAGUGGAGGAGGUUAUUACACUGACACUGAGCUGUCUUGAUGUUUCAAGUGAGAAGAGACCAACAAUGAGUUAUGUUGUGACAGAAUUGGAGAGAAUAUUGGACAAAGAAGUGAGCUUAACAACAGUACUAGGUGAAGGUACUCCAACUGUUACUCUUGGAAGUCAGCUUUUUAAAUCAUCAAAGUGAUCAAAAGAAAAAAGGAACAUCUUUACAUAUAUAUACAUAUAUAUAUUUAUAUAUAAGUUCUCUGAGACAAAACUAAUCAGAGAACUUAAGGGGAUGAAGAGGAUGAAGACUGAUCAGCUGUUUUGUGUUAAGUGUAUAAAGAACAGCUGAGCUAUUAUUAUUCGUUUGUUUGUUUGUUUUUUUCACCUUUUUUCUUCCUUUGGAGGUUAUUUUCAGCAAUUUUUUUUACAAUGAGUGCAGAAAAUAUAACUUUGUAGAAACAUUAUUUAUUGAUAUAAAGGAAGCAAGAGUGGAAUGUUGUGUGA